AUGAAGUUCAUACUUUACCUACCUGUUGAACUUCAAUAUUUGAACCUCUCAGGUGAAUUUAGUCCAAGACGACAAGAAGGGUAUGGCCUGACAGAUGGUGAAGGCAUUGAAAGGCUGUGGUCUUACCUAAGAGGGUUUUCCUCAAUCACCAAAGAAAUGAGUGCUGGACGACGAACAGAUGUGCUAACUGAUGCUUUGUUACAUUAUGGUGCUCGUCAGCUUCGAAAUUUCGGAACUUCAUUGCAAGCGAAACUUAAAAGGUGCUCAAGUAUAAUAGUGCAUACAUUGUCGCAAAUACAAGAACUAUUUUCCAAAUUGCCAGUUGCAUAUGAUCCGUUCCUUAUUAACACUUGGAUGGAAGAGGAACGCAAAUGUAUUCAAGAAAGGAAUUCCAAGAAAAUGCGUUCGUUGACAUGGGAGGAACAAUAUGUUCAAAAUCUUCUCCAUCUUUACCAACUGAGAGCUCAGAUUGGAAAUAUUCCAGAAGGAGAUCACAGCCAACUUACAGAUGUGGUGAAAAAAAGCAAAAAGGUUUUAAAAGCUGUUCAGCGUAUAGAAAAACAACAAAAACUCAAAAAGAGAUGGAAAACUGGAGAGAGUAAGUUCAACGCCGCCGCCAUUUCUCUUGAACAAAGAAGGCAAGAGUCUGUGAUGGAAUUGACCUACUCUUCAGCGGUUGAAAGAAUGUUUCUUAUCUCUCUCAAGAACAAGUACGCAGAUGGGCAAGCAAUUGCAGUCAAAUUGUCCAAACAAAUUUCACAAAGAACCAAUGCCAUCAAAGCUGCAGUUACCAGGUACAAUGCAUCAUUGAAUUCACUGGAAGACUGGAUCCAAGAAUUACCAGCAGAAAUGCAAUUUGAGGAAGCCAAAGAUCCAAAUUCCGUCAUAUACUCCCACCUAAAUCACCAACAAACCAACGACACAGUGCCCUCCGCUGUGAAGAGAGCUGCAAUUGAUUCACAUAAUUUCUUAGAAAGGUGCAAAGAAGAACAGAGUAUUCUGCUUUUAGAAGUCGAAAGGCUGUUUCGAUACUACGUGGACAGAAAAGAAGAACUUGAUAAGUACUGCAUCACGCACUCUGGGGAUCAACCAAAGCUCGUGAAUGGUUUAAUUGCAAUGGCAAAGCAAGAAAUUGUUGAAAUAUAUAACGCAUUAUUUUUAUUGAAGUCAAACCUUUCUGAGCACCUCAAUGUGGAAGAUAUAAUGAUGAAUGAAGUAUGUAUCAGAAAAAUUGAAGCAGAACAUUCGUGUGCUAAAGGUAUGGGAAGAGAAUUUGAAUCCAUUUCAAGUUUCGAUGACGAAGUAGACGAAGAAGACACGCCAUUGCUGGAUUUUUCCGAGGACGAUUCGGAAAGCUCCGAUGACAGUCUAGAAUAAACAAGUGAAGUCACUAAGACACACGCAGAUAAAAAAGUGUAAAUUCAUAUUUAAAUACAAUGUGGUCAUGGGAUCCUGUAAGCAGGUCAUGUGGUCGUGUAAACAUGUUUGUCCUACUUAAGGACUGUGUACUAGAUUAGAAACAAAU